GAAUGAUCCCACCUAAUUUUGUCUCCUUCCUGGACUGGACUGCCUUCCAUUUUUUAAGACACAUAUUUUUAUUGUUAGAGCGGCCACUUGAGUAUCUGGUCAGUAUAAUGGAUCAUAUGUGACCGUGCGUCCGCUCUGGUGCAAGCCAAGACGAAGAAAGUUGGGGAAAGAUGCACGAAGAGGAUGGCGGAGAGGAGAACUCUACACGAGACCUACGGGUUCUGGCCUCCAAUUCGGUGGACGCAGGCGAACCCGAAUCACUGAAGGACCCGGUUGCGAAACUAUGCGGUUAUUUGACUAAACUCGCUGGAAAAGGGCCGCUGCGGGGGUUUAAACUCCGCUGGUUUGUGUACGACGAGAGGAAAUGUUAUUUGUAUUACUUCAAGACUCCCCAAGACGCCUUGCCGCUGGGACACAUAACGAUAGGCGAAGCCAGCUUCAGCUAUGAUGUGGAGGGGGAUGAGGGGCAGUUUGAGAUUCGCACCGCGGGGAAGGAGUUUGUACUCAAGGCCCCUAACCGCCAGGUGAUGCAUUACUGGCUCCAGCAGCUGCAGCAGAAGCGUUGGGAGUUCAGUAACACCAGAGGGUCUGGACAGAGGGACAGCUGGAGUUCUCCUACCCCUCACACUGGCCUGGUGGCCAAAGAUACAGAUGUCUUUGUGUUUGAGAAGCCCAGUCACAGUGACAGCAUGGAGAGGGUACGCAGCGAUUUUGCUAUGGAAACAGACACGGACGGACUGGUGGGUGUCCAAUCAGUACGAGGCCCCUCCCACCACCCCCCCAAUCCCCUCAACUUCUCCAGCAAGCUGGGCCACUGGAGCUCAGAGAUCAGGAACUCCAUGUCAGGUCUGCGUGUGGGUCGAGGAGGAGGAGAGAACAGACGCUCUGUCUUCUACACUGGGAGCAGUGGUGAUGAGUGGGAGAUGUUAGACGCUCCCUCAACCAAGGACAUCAACCAGGACCACAAACCUCCCACCCAGCCUCAGACUGACUCACACAGACACUCCAUUGGUUCUCCAUUCACAUUUGACUUCGGGCGGAGCAGCAGUUCCUCGUUGCGGCCCAAGCGGCCCACUCUGCGGGACAUAAUGGGUUCAGGGAGGUUAGGACGCAGCACAGAGAGCUCUUCCCCCUCUUCUCAGACCACGCCCCCAGUGGAGUGUAACGGCAGCAGGACCAAUGAGCUGCAGCUCCGCCUCCAGAGCCAGGAACAGGAACUGACACGCCUCCACGAGGAGAACAACAACCUGACUGAGGAGUUAACCUCCCAGAAGGAGCUGGUCAGACUGCUUCAGCAGACCUUGAGGAGCACCCAGAGGGAGAUGCGACCAGCGCCAGUAUUAACUCCAGUACCUGCCUCACCUCCAGCCCCAGGGUUCCCACAGUCGAACCUAGCCCAGAUGGAAGCCCUCCUCCUGGACAGGGAUGGUCAGGUCCAGGCCCUGUGUUGCCAGAUGGAGCGUCUAGCCCUGGAGAAGGACAGUCUACAGAGGGAGCUGAAAGGACUGAAGGUCAAGGUUGGGGAGAUCAAUGAGCAGCUGAGCAUGCUGAUGGAGACCAUCCAGGCCAAAGACGAGGUCAUCAUUAAACUGUCCCAGACACCCCCUCAGGGAGCAGACGGGACCACCCCCCUGCUGCAGGACUGCAGCUCAGCUCCACCCCCCGCCAGCCAGCAGCAGGAGAUAAACAAUCUGAAGGACAGUGUUCAAGGCUAUAAAUCCCAGAACAAGUUCCUGAAUAAGGAGAUCCUGGAGCUGACUAUUCUACUAAGGAACGCUGAGGCCAGGGAGAGAUCUCUGGAGGUUAAGUAUGUGGCGUUGGAGGCUAAAGUGUGUCAGGUUGAGAGUAAGUACCUGGUGCUGCUUCAGGACCUGAAGAACCCAGUGUGUUCCUCUUCAGAACAGAGUCCUGCCAGGGAGGUCAUCUCUAGACUGUUGGAGGAUGCACUGAACAACACUGACCCUACGGGACACGCCGUCUUUAAGCCACACCCUGUCAGUGAGUACGAUGUGUUUGGCUUCAAAACAGUUCCAGAGGAGGAUGAUGAAGAGGAGAAGCUGGUAGCCAAGGUGAGGGCCCUGGACCUGUGCUCCCUCUCCCUAACAGACCCUGAGGUGUCAGUGGGGGUGAAGUGGGAGAACUAUCUCUCCUCUACUAUGAACAGAGACAUGGUGCACUGCCCCGAACUCAAAGCCCUUAUGAGGAGCGGGGUGCCACAUGUCCACCGCUCCAAGGUGUGGCGCUGGUGCGUGUCCUACCACACCAGGAAGUUCCGUGACAGCCUGGCUCCAAACUACUACGAGACCUUACUGGGUGUGGCCAGAGACAAGCCUAAUCCCGCCUCCAAACAGAUAGAGCUUGACCUGCUGAGGACCUUACCCAACAACAAACACUACUCCUCCCCCGGCGCCGACGGAAUACAGAAACUACGUAAUGUCCUGCUAGCCUUCUCCUGGAGGAACCCUGACAUAGGAUACUGCCAGGGACUCAACAGGCUGGCAGCCAUAGCUCUGCUGUACCUGGACCAGGAGGAUGCUUUCUGGUGUCUCAUCACUAUCGUGGAGGUCUUCAUGCCCCAGGACUACUACACCAAGACCCUGCUGGGAUCACAGGUGGACCAGCGUGUUUUUAAGGACCUGCUGAGUGAGAAGCUCCCCAGACUCCACGCCCACUUUGACCUCUACAAGGUUGACUCCUCCCUCAUUACCUUCAACUGGUUCCUGGUCCUCUUCGUAGACUCAGUGAACUCUGACCUCCUCUUCAAGAUCUGGGAUGCCUUCCUGUACGAGGGACCCAAGAUCAUCUUCCGCUUCGCCCUCGCUCUCUUCAAGUACAAGGAGGAAGAGUUUCUGAAGCUUCAGGACUCCAUGGCCAUCUUCAAGUACCUCCGCUAUUUCACCAUAACUAUCCUGGACUGGAGGAAGUUGAUGAGCAUAGCGUUUGUGGACAUGAAUCCGUUCCCCCUGAGACAGAUCCUUAACCGCAGGACCUUCCAUCUGGAGAAGGUUAGACUAGAGCUGACAGAGCUAGAGGCCAUCAGACAAACCUUCCUCAGAGAGAGAGACACACACACCGACGCAGGCGCGCUGUGUAGCGACGAUGAGGAGGACAACUAGCCAAUCACGGCCCAGGCCAAAUAGCACAUUAGUAGAGAGACUGACCACGGCCCCCGACGCACGCACGCAAGCUUUGUAGCAACAACUAGCACACAGCCUGUCAGGGUGCAGUGCCUGCAGACUCCAGCCAAUCAGGAUCCAGGUCUGUGUGAUUCCAUCGUAUCACCUGCAGACUCCAGCCAAUCAGGGCCCUAGCCUGGCUAUCCCGCCCACCUUCAGACCAAACAGACGCUGUCAUGAGUAAUGACCCACCAUGAUGAACAGUGAUAUAUCCACAUACUCCCCACUCUCUACUACGCUGGACCUGUCACCUCCAUGUUCUUUACAUACUGAACCCUGUUGCUUGGACCUGUCACCUCCAUGUUCUCCACAUGUUGAACCCUGUGGCUUGGACCUGUCACCUCCAUGUUCUCCACAUGUUGAACCUGUGGCUUGGACCUGUCACCUCCAUGUUCUCCACAUGCUGAACCCUGUGGCUUGGACCUGUCACCUCCAUGUUCUCCACAUGCUGAACCCUGUGGCUUGGACCUGUCACCUCCAUGUUCUCCACAUGCUGAACCCUGUGGCUUGGACCUGUCACCUCCAUGUUAUCCACAUGCUGAACCCUGUGGCUUGGACCUGUCACCUCCAUGUUCUCCACAUGCUGAACCCUGUGGCUUGGACCUGUCACCUCCAUGUUCUCCACAUGCUGAACCCUGUGGCUUGGACCUGUCACCUCCAUGUUCUCCACAUGUUGAACCCUGUGGCUUGGACCUGUCACCUCCAUGUUCUCCACAUGUUGAACCUGUGGCUUGGACCUGUCACCUCCAUGUUCUCCACAUGCUGAACCCUUUGGCUUGGACCUGUCACCUCCAUGUUAUCCACAUGCUGAACCCUGUGGCUUGGACCUGUCACCUCCAUGUUCUCCACAUGCUGAACCCUGUGGCUUGGACCUGUCACCUCCAUGUUCUCCACAUGCUGAACCCUGUGGCUUGGACCUGUCACCUCCAUGUUCUCCACAUGCUGAACCCUGUGGCUUGGACCUGUCACCUCCAUGUUCUCCACAUGCUGAACCCUGUGGCUUGGACCUGUCACCUCCAUGUUAUCCACAUGCUGAACCCUGUGGCUUGGACCUGUCACCUCCAUGUUCUCCACAUGCUGAACCCUGUGGCUUGGACCUGUCACCUCCAUGUUCUCCACAUGCUGAACCCUGUGGCUUAGACCUGUCACCUCCAUGUUCUCCACAUGCUGAACCCUGUGGCUUGGACCUGUCACCUCCAUGUUCUCCACAUGCUGAACCCUGUGGCUUGGACCUGUCACCUCCAUGUUCUCCACAUGCUGAACCCUGUGGCUUGGACCUGUCACCUCCAUGUUCUCCACAUGCUGAACCCUGUGGCUUGGACCUGUCACCUCCAUGUUAUCCACAUGCUGAACCCUGUGGCUUGGACCUGUCACCUCCAUGUUCUCCACAUGCUGAACCCUGUGGCUUGGACCUGUCACCUCCAUGUUCUCCACAUGCUGAACCCUGUGGCUUGGACCUGUCACCUCCAUGUUAUCCACAUGCUGAACCCUGUGGCUUGGACCUGUCACCUCCAUGUUCUCCACAUGCUGAACCCUGUGGCUUGGACCUGUCACCUCCAUGUUCUCCACAUGCUGAACCCUGUGGCUUGUUGUGGCUGAGGAACAUUGAGCUGAGAGAUUGCCAUGACAACCACAGUGUUAUUCUGUCCCACGGCCAUACUGCUGUGAUUGCAGAGCUGGAUCAUGCCAAUCUGAAUCAGUAUUUUUCUAAUAAAUCAUUGUGCUCUUUUGGAGAGGAGGGACUGAUUUGUAUUCGUAGAUAACCUGACUGCUAUAGCCCUCUCAAAGUAUAGGUAGGUGUGUUUCUUGUUUCCAGAUUGGUUUUGUAGGAGACUAUGCUGCUGCAGUAUACUAUACAGUAACCAGCAGGCCUUGUUGGUAGCCCCUGUCUGUCUACGAAGCACUUGAACCACUUUUACCAAAACGGCUAUUGAUUGGCGCUUUACAUAGAAACCUUGGACCAAUAAUAGUCCAUCAUUCCAGACUCCAGUACAUUUCCAGAAAUGCUGUCCCUCCCCUUCCCGUUGAACGAAGGAUGAGGAACAGAGGCAGAACCCGGAUUCACCUCAACCCUGUCACAGGGCAGGAGUUAUUGUACUCUGCACAGCUUCAAGUCCCUCUGCGGUAACAUACUGUCAUCACCAUCACGUGGUGUUAAUAAGGGGACAUUUUAUGAGGGAAUCUACUACUCUGAGUAUCACCUGUCUUUCUCUUCCUGUUUACAUUUUCCCUUGACUUUUUCUUCACUUAUUUUUGUGCUUUCCAGACCCAUCAAAUGUUGUUUCUUUGAUAUUUGUUCUGAAAUGUUUCGGCACAUCUACACUGACUAGACCGAACAUUAGGAACCAGUUUCUAAUAUUGAGUUGCACCCCCACCCCCCUCUUUGCCCUCAGAACAGCCUCGCGUGGUUGGGGCAUGGACUCUACAAGGUGCCGAAAGCCUUCCACAGGGAUGCUGGUCCAUGUUGACUCCAAUGCUUCCCACAGUUGUGUCAAGUUGGCUGGAUGUCCUUUGGGUGGUGGACCAUUCCGGAUACACACAGGAAACUGUUGAGCGUGAAAAACCCAGCAGUGUUGCAGUUCUUGAAACAAACCGGUGCGCUUGGCACCUACUACCAUACCCUGUUCAAAGGCACUUAAAUAUUUUGACCCUCUGAAUGGCACAUAUACACAAUCCAUGUCUCAAUUGUCUCAAUGCUUAAAAAUCCUUCUUUAACAUGUCUCCUCCCCUUCAUCUACACUGAUUGAAGUGGAUUUAACAGGUGACAUCAAUUAGUGAUCAUAGCUUUCACCUGGAUUGUCUGUCAUGGAAAGAUCAGGUGUUCUUAAUGUUUUGUCCACUCAGUGAAUGUUUCCACUUAAUUUAGUAUUAGAUUAUUGAGUGGCCAACUAUAUCGAAUGUGACUUUUUUUUUAUACAAAUGAAGAAUUGUGGUGUCGCACAAUGCCAUAUAAACAAUGAAAUGUUGUCUUAUAGUUGUACUGUGAGAGGUGUGUUUUCUCUGAGAGCUGGUCUCUCUACGAACCUUCUGAUGUCGAGUUGAGUGCUGUACCCAUCCAUCAUGUUACCAUGGUUUCACUUACCUAUAUAGGUUUAUUGUUUGACAGGAUUGCACCCAGCAUUAAAAACACAAGUUAUACUCACUUUAACUUCACACACUUCCUGUUGACCAAUCACUUUACCUUCACACCAUACCCUUCCUGUUGACCAAUCACUUUACCUUCACACCAUACCCUUCCUGUUGACCAAUCACUUUUUGUAUUUGUUCCAAUGUUAAUUUCUUUGAUCAAGUAUUGUAUCACCUUGUAUCUCAGCUGGUUUCUUUCUGUAUUCCAUAAGCUAUCCCAUUCCCUUGUUAUUGCUGUUGUAAGGAUGGAGGUGUGUCUGACCCUGUGCAUGACCACUCCUCAAUCCUAACACUCUUUUUAAAGCAACACCUUUACACAAUCAUCUAGUGCCAUUUGCAACCUUCCACAAAACCGUCAGGACACUUUCUCUUGUAUCUAUGAAUAUUGAAUAUCAUUUCCACAGAAUUCUUAUUCAACUGAUCGUGACCGAAAUGGCCCACUAUAAACACAAAUAAAUAUUUUAUAUGAGUUGUAUGAUCAUCAUCACCUAAUAAACAUUGUUAUAGCUUACUGUGCACAUUUGUGUUAAUGCUGUUAUGUACUUUCUACAGAGAAAGGAUCCUUGACUUUUCCACAUUUUGUCUCUUGGACUAAACACAAUGUCAAAGUUGUGUUUUUUUACAAAUGAAUAAAAAUGAAAAGCUGUAA